ACUCAAUCGUUGGGCCUCACUUGCUCCUCAUCUCUCCGCCUCCACCAGGGUUCCCCUUCCUCCGCCGCCGCCGCCUCUCCGCCUCCAUAGUUCGUCGUCGUCCUCCUCCUCCGCCUCUCCGCCGCCUCCAGAGCUUCUCCGUCUCCCCCGCCGCCUUCUUGCUCCCUCAUUGGUUGGUAGCGUCGAGCUCCGUCGACUGGCCGAGGCCGAGUAUUUUCGUUCGAUUCGGUGGUUGAUUCGCAAAGCUUGCACUCGGCCCUCCCUCUCUCUUUGUGGGUUGAGCUCGGGAUAUUGAAUGCCACGCCUUAAUAAUCUGAAAGAUGAAGAAGCUGUUGCCGUUCCGAACGUCUAGAAGAUAAGUUCAGCUGAAGAGGGGUUUUCGGGGGGCAGAGAACAAGAUGCCUCUGUAUGACUGUGUGCUUUUGCUGAAACCCCAUGUCAAGAAGGAAGCUUUGAUGGAUAUGGUGGCUCGGAUAGGAAGAGACGUCUUUAAGAAAAAUGGGGUUGUCACUGAGGUAAAAUCAUUCGGGACGGUCCAGUUGGGUUAUGGUAUCAAGAAGCUUGAUGGGCGAUUCUUUCAGGGUCAGAUGAUGCAGUUGACCAUGAUGGCUUCACCAAUGAUGAACAAAGAGCUGCAUUACUUGAAUAGGGAAGAUAGAUUAUUGCGCUGGCUUCUUGUGAAGCACCGAGACACAAAAUAUGGGCUGGAAUUUCUUACUGAAGAAGAUGAGAAGCGUGAACUGAGCAGAUUUCCUCGUAGUUCUAUAUUUGAUGAUGAGGAUGCAGAUAAGGAUGUAGAUGAUGAUGAGGACGAUGACGAUGAAUAUGAGGUGGAUGGAGAGGAAAGGAAAGAACAAUAAAGAGCAAAUCGUCAUUUCUGGGGUCAUGAAUUUUGUUGAUUUGAUGCGUAUUCAGGUCUUGCUUCAGUGUUAGCAGAUGCUCAUGCUCGUGUUUAGUAUCUCUCAAAUGCAAAAUGUGAUUCAUUUUAUGUGAUUCUGCCAUCUACCUGUUGAAAGUAGCUGUGAGAAUGAAGGUUUUAGUUCAUUUUUGCAGGUUUCUUUUGUCAGUGAGUGGUUUGAAGUACCAUACUUUAAUUAGUACCAUAUACAGAAAUGAGGGAGACUAUUGCAUGACUGCAUGUUGGAUUUGUGUCUCACGAGGAGGUCAAUCUCAAGAUCUUCAUCUGAUUAUCAGUAA